AUGCUGAACGCUAAUGAUGCCAUCUCUCUUUUAGCGAAUUUUGAACCAGCCAACAUUGCUGAAGCAUUAAAGGAUCCUCAUUGGAGAAAAUCCGCCAAAGACGAAUUUCAGUCGAUGGAAUCCAAUCGAGUAUUCUCCCUUAUUCCUCCAGUUGAAAACCGCAAACCCAUCAAACUGAUUUGGGUGUUCAAGAACAAGCUGAAUCAACAAGGCGACGUUGUCCGAAACAAGUCACGUCUUUGCGCACAAGGCUUCACACAAAUUGCCGGUCUGGAUUACGACCAGACAUUUGCGUCAGUUGUCCGCUACACCACCACACGACUGUUUCUUGCAAUCAGUUGUCAGCUACGGAACCACAUCGUUUCUCAAUGCAGAUCUCGAUAA